CGUUGUUCUUCAAUCACCAGGAUGUCGUCGUCUUGGCUAGGCGAGUAUCUCUGGGCGGACUGGAUCUGGUUUCCCGAAGGCUACGGUUGGGCCGACCUCAAGGACCCCGACGUGGUCCUGCCUCAGUUGUCGGACCUUUGGGCUUUCAUCCCUAUCGCUGUCUGCUUCCUGGUCCUCCGACCCAUAUUUGAAAGGUGGGUGGCGGUUCCUCUGGCGUCCCUGCUGGGAGUGAGGGACAAAAAGCGCGCCAGUCCGCCUUCCAAUCCCGUCCUGGAGGCCCACUUCUGCAGCGUAGCCAAGCACCCCACACAGAGCGCCUUAGAAACGUUGAGCAAACGGGCCGACUGCUCAGUGCGACAGGUCCAGCGAUGGUUCAAGCUGCGGCGGAACCAGGACCGCCCUAGCAAGAUCAAAAAGUUUCAGGAAGCCAGUUGGCGAUUUACCUUUUACCUUUUUGCUUUCUUUGCUGGCCUGGCAACCCUUAUCGACAAACCGUGGUUCUAUAAUAUGAAGAGGAUGUGGGAUAACUUCCCCAAGAUGCCGCUCCUCCCGUCGCAGUACUGGUACUACAUGAUUGAACUGGGCUUCUACGUGUCCCUGCUUGUGAGCGUGGCCUCCGACGUCAAGCGCAAGGAUUUCAAAGAACAGAUCGUUCACCACAUCGCCACCAUUUUGCUCGUCGGUUUUUCCUGGCUGGUCAACUACAUCAGGGGAGGAACUUUGAUCAUGUUGGCGCACGACGCCUCCGACUAUCUCAUGGAGUCAGCCAAGAUGUUCAACUAUGCAGGUUGGAAGAGGACGUGCAACUUCAUAUUCGUUGUCUUUGCUGUCGUUUUCAUCAUCACCCGCCUCGUAAUUUUCCCCUUCUGCAUCAUCCACGCGACGUUGGUGUACCCCAUGACCAUCUACAAGCCCUUCUUCGGCUUCUACUUCUUCAACGGUCUGCUGCUGCUGCUGCUGGCUCUGCACGUCUUCUGGGCGGGGCUGAUCGUACGGAUGGUCAUCAAGUUCCUCCCGGGCAACGACAUAGUUGAAGACGAGCGGAGCGACAAAGAAGAGACGGACUCCGAAGACGAAGACGGCAGCGGCGAGCGCAAUCGAAGCUUGAAAAACGGUCACCUUCACAACGGCCACGCCGCGCUCAACAACAACCGCCGAAAGAUGGACUGAGUAGACGCCGAAACCGCCGCCAGGUGGCGAAGCCGGCCCCUUGCGUGCAUCCCCCCCUUGAAAUCCAAAGAAUAGGAAAAUUUCUUCACCAUAUCCACACGAUCAAUAGUCGCCCACUUUUCUCAACACUGGAAAUUGACCAAGGAACAAUCAAGACAGUGAUUCUGUACCGCCGGUGCCUUUUGGCUCCCCCCCCCCCUCCCCUCCCGCUUCGUCACAUUGAGUUGUUAGCACACUGUAGCUUUCAUGGUUUGUUUACCAGAUUCUUUUUGUUGUUUUUGUUGCUGAGGUUCAUUCAGCAAUCGCUUGUCCAAGUAGUCUUGCCUUUCCGCCUGACUAAUUUCACUCAAGCCACUGGGACAAAGUUAGUACGGAGCGUUUCCAGAUUGAAGUUUACGGACGAGUCGUCGUUUGUUGGUUGCAAACAAAAAAAAAAAAAAAUGUGCAACGCAAAACCCCGAAUUUUAACAGUUUGCAAAAGUGAGCCGCCGUGGUUCGAAUUGUGGCAACAGAACAUGCACGCGGAGUCCAAAAUCAUUUGAACAUGUUUGUAUGUGUGUCUGUGUGUCUGUGUGUGUGUGUGUGUGUGUGUGUGGAUGCUGAAUAGAUAGUUUUAGUUUGGUGAUUUUUAUUUGUGACCAGUCCUGUUCAAAGAAGAAAAGCCGGUUGAGCGUAACGGCAAACCUAAAUCAAGUGCUCCUUCUUGAUGGGCUGGAAGACGGUCGCUAACAUUUAUUUUCAGUGUUUUCUCUCACUCAAGAUGCACUUUAUGGACGUUUAAUUGUAGUCAGACUACUUGGAUAGGCUUACAUUUGGAUUUGUUUUCACCAGAUGUUUGGCCCCUUUUUUGGGGGGGGCAGGGGGGGUCAUUGUUUUGGUUCAAUGUUAGCGAAAAGCGCUUCAUUCGUCGAAACCGAUGAAGAGGCGUCUGUCUCCAGGAACCCUGUCACCCAAAAUGUGCCAUCCGAGUGCCUUCAUCAUUUGGACUGCAGAGUUGUUUUUAAAUGCCACCUUUGUGCCCCAACACGUCAACAUGCUCCUUACAAACAGCUUUUUUUGCCUCCCACUCACCUCCCCACCCCAGAAAGUGUUUUGGUUUUUUUUAAGUCCGUGUUAUGUGUUGCUGAAUGAUGAUUUAAAAAAUUUUAAAAAGCUCUAUUUGUGUUAAAACGA